AUUAGACUUAAUUAUACUUCCAAAUGGGUAUAUGACAAUAUAGAGUGAUACAUAAUAUAGAUAGAUAGAGGCAUUAAUAGGAAACUAAUAAUGUUUUCAUACAAUAAUCAUAAUCGACGUCAGGACCGACUGGUACUGCCGCAACAGCAAAUAUCACAACAUCCAAUAUCUCCAUCGUCAGAUCAUCAUGUUGAUCCAUAUUUACCUACACCUAAUAAUUAUGAAGAUGAAUUUGAAAUGUCCAUAUUAUCCGAUAGUAAUCUUGAUUCAGCUUCUCCACCUCGAUCGUUUGUUAAUCAUUUAAUGACAUCUAAUGGAGGUUUUACUAAUGAUUAUACUCAAAGAUAUCGUAGCCGUUCUACACCACAAAAGUUAUUUACAAUUCCUAAAAAAGUUUUUAAAUGGAUUUAUUCAAUUAGUUCUGUAAUAUUUGCAUUAUUAACAUUAGCAUUUGUUGCAGUAACUCCUAUUGAUGUUAUUGUUCAAACUUCAGGUACAACAUUUAGUGGAGUUAAAAUGUUUAUUGUAAUUAUUGUUUGUGUUGUAUUUUUAUUCCUAUCAAUUGUAUUAUAUUUAUCAAGAAUUUUUCAAUAUAAUUCUCAUUUAAAUGAAAUACCAACUUAUUCAGUUUAUAUUCCUGAUGAACAUGAUUUACCUAAACCUGUAUUUUUAGAAAUUGAUGAAUCAAUUAGAAAUUGUGUAGGAAAUAUUAAAUUAAAGGCUGGUCCAUUAUUUAAUAAACUGGUUACAAUAAAUCAUCCAGGUAUUUCUCCACCUCAUUAUAUUCAAGAAUGUUAUAAACAAGGUGAACCAGGUACUUUAUUUCCUCCAGAAACUAUUUAUGAAGAUAUUAUACGAAGUUUAGGGGAUAAAUUCUUAUUUGAUUCAAAAGCUUUUACACAAACAGAAUUACCAUUUGAUUUAACAUUAAGAGAAAUGAUUAUUUAUUUAGGUCAUGUUUAUAAUAUUAGAGGUUCUGAAUUUAAUCCUAAUGAACCAAAUUUAAAACUAUUAAUUUCAUUAUAUGAAAAAUUCAGAUUUGGACCUGAAUUAAUCAAUGAAACUGAUUUAUUUCAUUUUAUAAUUGAAUUUGAUAAAUUAGGUCAAACAUGGCUGGGAACUUAUCAAUCAAAAAUGGGUGCUCCAUCAUCAAAUUUUCAUAAACGUAGAAAAUCUUCAAAUAAGAGUGUUGAAUUAUCUGAUGCCCAGACUGCGUACUUACAGCCGCAGGACAAUGCAUUCAGAAGAAGUAGUUCAGCUCUUAUAUUUGAUUAUGAAGAUAAUGACUCUUAUUUUGAUAAAUAUAGUACUACAAGAGGAGACAUUGAAGGAUUUAAUGAAACAGGUGAUGAUGAAUAUCAAUUUUAUCAUCAGAAAGCAGGAAGCGAAUUCUUCAGUAAAGUUCCAGAAGAUGAAGGUGAAGAUGAUUCUGGUAAAGCAAAUGUUGAUAGCUCCCUUGAAUCUUUGAAUAGAAGGACAAGAAAAUGUGAACCUUCCAACAGUCAACAGUCACAAUUAGAUAGUAUUUCCACCAAUUCUUCAAAAUCUUAUAUGAAAAACAAUCAUCUUACCAUGACUCCUAUUACUCCAUUGGGGAGAAAUUCUCAACGUAAAGGUAGUGAUAAUGCAUCUAUAAGUUCUUCGCGUUCUGUUAUUAGAAAUAAAUUGGCUAUAAAUCCAACUAGAAGACAAUCUAAUGUUAGAUAUCCUGAAGAUGCUGAUUCAUUUAAUUCUUCAGAAUCGGUCAUUAUUAGAAAUAAAUCUGAAAGUAAUACUCCAUCGCAUUCUCAAAGUUAUUUGAAUUUAAGAUAUGAAGAUGCAGCUAUUAGUGUGAGAAGAAAUAGUGGAUAUAUGAGUGAUUCAGAACAAGAAAAGGAAGAAAAGGAAGAAAGAGAAGACAUAGAAGUAGAUAAUGAAGAUGAUAUUUACAACUUUCGAACGCGUAACAAAUCAUCUGAUUCAUAAAAAGCAUUAUAGUAUUACAAAAUUAAUCCCCAUAUAGAACAUAUAGACAUAUAAAAUACUAAUUUUAACUAACCAU